AUUAACCGAAAAAUUCCUUUGAGCAAUAGAUCUGUACAUCGAAGAAUUGAUGAAAUGGCGGAAAAUAUUGAAGAAUCAUUGUGUAAUCACCUGAAGACUUGUCAAUUUUCAGUUCAAUUGGAUGAGUCCACUUUACCAACUAAUGAAGCAUUAUUGUUAUCAUACGUGAGGUUUAUAAAAAAUGAGAAAAUAUGUCAAGAACUAUUAUUUGCGAGAAAUUUAGAGACAGAUACAAAAGGAGAAACAAUAUUUAAUACACUAGAAAAGUUUUGUGAUGAAAAGCAAAUUCCCCUGAAGAAUAUUAUGUCAAUUGCUACUGAUGGUGCUCCAGCUAUGACAGGGCGUCACAAGGGCUUCAUAGCUUAUUUAAAAAAUAAAGUUCCUGACGUGCUUGCCAUACAUUGCGUCAUUCAUCGCCAGCAUUUAGUUGCGAGAAAUCUGAGUGAACGUCUUCAUACAUCACUGCAUUAUGUUAUUAAAGCCGUUAAUAAAAUCAGAAGCAACUCAUUAAAUGACAGAUUAUUUAGUCAACUUUGUGUUGCUAAUGAUGAAGAUUUCAACCGGUUGCUGCUUCAUACAGAAGUACGCUGGCUCUCAAAAGGUACUUGUCUGACUCGGUUUUAUAAUUUGUUUGACUCUGUGAUAGAGUUCCUGAAAAACAAAGAAACAGGACUUCACGAUAACCUCAUCACUUCAAAGAAUGAUAUUGCGUACUUGACAGAUCUCUAUAAGUUAUUUAAUGAUGUAAAUCUCCAACUUCAAGGUGACGACUUGAACUUAAUUAAAACAAAAACUGUCAUUGCUACAUUUGUUGCUAAACUGCUAUUCUACAAGAGAAAUAUUGGUAGACGUGAAUUUAAUAACUUUCCUAAUUUAUCAGCAGCUCCUUUUAUCAAUGACGACUUGGUUGUUUACUGCCAACACUUGGAGAACUUACACAGUGAUUUCAAAGAACGAUUCCAGGACAUUUUAAACAUGGAUAUACCCAACUGGGUAUUAGAUCCAUUUUCAAAUGUCAACACAGCAGAAUCAUCCCAGAUAGAAGAACAACUUUUAGAAUUGACCACGAAUGAAGAAAUCAAAUUUAAAUUCAAGAAUGGCUAUCAAGAAUUUUGGCUGCAAAAGCCAAUCAUGCAACUCUACCCUAGUUUAUGGUCAAUUGUUCAACGAUUUCUGAUACCAUUCCCUUCAUCAUAUUUGUCUGAACGUGGAUUCAGUGCCGUAACAACACUAGUAACAAAAAAAAGAAAUCGGUUG